AUGAGAUCAAUAUUGAAGCUCUCCAAGAAAUAAUAAUCUCUCUUGAAGCUCAUACAUCCUGUUUAAUAGAGGUCAUUCACUGAAACAACCAGAUAAAAGCGUUCAAUAGAGGAAAUUCCUCAUCUUAAAGAUUUCUUAAAAACCUAAACAAAUGAUUUCCAAUAAGAUGAAGAUGGUAAUGAACACAAAUAGUCUUAGCUGCAAGAGGAAAUAGACGAGUCUACACUGCCAUCAUACUUGCAUAUUUAGAGAGAAGAUAAUAAGAACAAGACUUAUUUCAUAGAGACUCACGGAUGUUAGAUGAAUGUGGCUGACACUGAAAUAGUAUAAUCAAUCCUCGAAUCAGCUGGCUUUGAAGCAUCUGAAAAUAUCAAUAAAGCAGAUGUAGUUCUUGUUAAUACUUGCGCUAUAAGGGAGGGUGCAGAGAAAAAAAUUUGGAAUAAAAUUGACACUCAUUAUCAUGGGGUCAAAAAGAAUAACAAGGAUGCUAUUAUUGGUGUCUUAGGCUGUAUGGCUGAAAGACUUAAGGAGAAGUUUUUGGAAAAUAAAAAUGUAGAUCUAGUUGCAGGCCCUGACUCUUAUAGAGAUCUCCCAAGGCUUAUAAAGAUAAUUGAAUCGAAGUAGAAUGAUGAAUAGGCAAUAAAUGUACAACUAUCCUUUGAUGAGACCUAUGCUGACAUCAUUCCUGUUAGAAAGGACAAGAAUAAGCUGCAUGCUUGGAUUUCAAUUAUGAGAGGGUGUAAUAAUAUGUGCAGUUUUUGUAUUGUACCUUUCACAAGAGGCCGUGAAAGAAGCAGACCAGUCAUAUCAAUUGAAGAUGAAGUUAAAUUGUUAAGAGAUCAAGGAAUUAAGGAAAUAACUCUAUUAGGUUAGAAUGUAAAUUCCUACCAUGAUUUGACUUCACAAGCUAGAAUGGAAUAAUAUCAACAAGGAAGGCAUAUAAAUUCUGAAGGAUUCAAUGAAAUGUUUAAGUUGAGAGAUGGGAGUGGUAUAAGAUUUGCUGAGCUAAUGGAUAGAGUAUCUGAUAUAGCCCCUGAAGUUAGAUUUAGAUUCACAUCCCCUCAUCCUAAGGAAUUCCCUGAUCCCCUUCUCGAAGUAAUUGGCUCUAAGGCAAAUGUCUGUAAGUAGCUACAUCUCCCAGCUUAGAGUGGGAAUACUAAUAUGUUGAUGAGAAUGAGGAGGAACUAUUCAAGAGAAGCUUAUUUAGACCUAAUAUAUCAUGCUAGAGAAAAGAUACCUGGUGUCGCUUUGUCGAGUGAUUUUAUUUGUGGAUUUUGUGAUGAGACAGAACAGGAAUUCGAAGACACUUUAACACUUCUAGACUAAGUAAAAUUUGAUAUGGGAUUUUUAUUUGCUUAUUCAAUGAGAGAAAAGACGCAUGCUCAUAGAGCUAUGAAAGAUAAUGUACCUGAAGAUGUUAAGAAGGAAAGGCUAAUAAGAAUGAUUGAUACAUUUAAGAGAAAUCAACUCAUAAAAUAAAAAGAGGAUAUAGGUUUAACUCAUCUAAUGCUGAUUGAUGGACACAGCAAAAAAGGUGAUCACUAAUUGAGUGGGCUCACUGAUACAAAUAAAAGAGUAGUAAUCAAUAAUUAAGCAAAGUAUAAAAUUGGUGAUUAUGUAGCUGUUAAAAUUACUAAUGCUACCCAAAAUGCUCUAAUCGCUGAGCCAAUAGAGAUCAUUGGAGUUUAGAAUUUUGACGUAAAGUAUAGAUCAACCUUAAAGAAAGCCUUAAUUUGA